AUGGCGCCGCCCCUCAUCUCCGACCCGCAGCGGCGGCUCUUCCAUGCGGCGGUCAACGGCGAUCUCCGCCUCUUCAAGAGCAUCGCGAGGGAGCUGGACGGUGGGAAGGGCCGCGUCAAGGAAGCGGUGGAGGCCGUCAGGGACCGCCGCCGCGGGGCGCUGCACGUCGCCGCCCGCCACGGGAUGAUGCCGGUGGUCGUGUACCUAGUCGAGGAGCUUCACAGGAGCCCUGGCUGCUGGCUCUGUCUGGCCGCGGCGCUUGCAGCAUGGACAUCCAGCGAGGAUCCAAAUGUGGAUUCUUAUGCAAAUCUUUCGGAUGGAGGUAAACUGCCAAUAGAGAUUGCUGCACAUCACAAUAGACGGAAAGAUGUUGAGAUCCUUUUUCCAGUAACAUCUCGUAUUCCAUAUGUGCGUGAUUGGAGUGUUGAUGGGAUACUUGCUUAUGCCAAAUCAUUGCCAAAGGUCGAGGAUGACCCAUUAUACAAAAUAGGGCCAGCUUAUCUGAAGUCUGAAGGAAGCAAGGCGUACAAGAGAAAAGAUUACGUUUGUGCAAUAAAUUUGUACACCAUGGCAACCAAGCAUGAUCCUAGAGAUGCAACCUUGCAUUCAAAUACCAGCCUUUGCUGGAUUAAGAUGGGUGAAGGAGACAUGGCCUUAGAGUCAGCCGAAUUUUGCAGGGCGAUGCGGCCUGAUUGGCCAAAGGCCUGUUACAGGCAAGGGGCUGCCCAAAUGUUAUUGAAGAAUUAUGAAAAGGCAUGUGAUGCAUUUUCUGAUGGUCUAAAGUUGGACCCAAUGAAUGUUGAGAUUGAGAACGCAUUACGGGAGGCGUUGAACUCCUUGAAGAUAUCUCGUGCUAAAACGUUUUCGUGA